AUGCCGGGCCUCCUGGACGCACCUUGGGCCUCCUGGACGCACCUUGGGCCUCCUGGACCCACUCUGGGCCUCCUGGACCCACCUUGGGCCUCCUGGACCCACCGUGGGCCUCCUGGACCCACUUUGGACCUCCUGGACCCACCUUGGGCCUCCUGGACCCACCUUGGGCCUCCUGGACCCACCUUGGGCCUCCUGGACCCACCGUGGGCCUCCUGGACCCACUUUGGACACCCCUGCUUGGACACGAUGCAUCAGCGGCCAAAGAUCCACAUCUUCCUCGGUGCUCCUCCUCCUCCUCCUCUUCCUCCUUCACCUAGGAUGGAGGAAGAGGAGGAGGAGGAAGAGCAUCCUACAGGAUGGAGACACCUGGAGCUCACCUGGAGGGCGGGCCGUCUCCGACCCACUGCAGAUGUUCCUGGGAAUGAGGAUCAGAGAAAGGAGAAUCCAACAGAACCGGAACCGGGUCGGGCCACAGGGUCUGCUAGAGGACGAUCCGAUGGAGAUGGAGGACUUUCGUCUGAAGCCGGAGCUCUGAGGACAGAGGGAGACUCAGGUGGUUCUGGGGAGGAUCUGUGUUCUGCUUCGGUCCAGGAGUACCUGGACCGCUGUUUCCCUAUAGCUCAACAAGAACCAGAACCAGAGCAGCAGCCUCCGUCCACCAGAACCCAGUUCCUCAGCACCUGGACUCUCAGCCAGGCCCUGAUCCUGAGAGGAAGACACGCCGUCCAAUCAGCACUCACCAAAGACAAAGCCCCGCCCAUCCCAGGCGAAGCUCCACCCAUUCCAGACACAGCCCCGCCCAGCCCAGAUGAAGCCCCGCCCACCACAGACAAAGCACCGCCCACCCCAGACAAAGCCCAGCCCACCACAGACGAAGCCCCGCCCAGCCCAGACGAAGCACCGCCCACCACAGACAAAGCUCCGCCCGUUCCCCUUGUCAGCCCCCUGUCUGGCUCCUCCAGCACCCCUGAGCUGUUCAGCCUGGCCGCCUCAUCUCUUGGAGACUCCAUGGAGCUGUUCAGCCACACCUGUCCGGCCUCCAGGGCGGAGCAAGGUGGGGUCAUCAUGGAGGUCACCGCAGACGGCGUCCUCUGCUCUCAGGAGUCUGACCCCAAGACGCCCCCCACAUCGCCCCCUUGCAGCAAGAAACCACGACCCUCAGAGGAGUCGACGUCUGCAGCACCAGAGAGCUCCACCUCCACCACCCGUCUGGACAGGUGCGACCAGGUGGGACGCAGGUACUCUGUCCUGGUGGUGGUGGUCCACCCAUGCCAUCUGAAGGAGGUCCAGGUGCGGUCGGGUCCAUCAGCAGGAAGCCGCGUUCCUCUGGCCUCCAUGGUGGUGACGGACCAAUCAGGAGCUGAGAUGAAGGUGGUGCUGUGGAGGAGAGCGGCCUUCUGGGUACUGACCGUGAGUCCUGGAGAGGUUCUGCUCAUCACAGGACUGCAGGUGAGGGAGGACAGGUGGAGAGCAGAGACUGUCCUCCAGUCCACCUUCUCCAGCAAACUGCUGAACCUGGGACACGCCUCCACCUCACCGCCAGUUAGCCAGCAGGUUAGCGCCUGCGCUCUCCGUUCUCUGUGCGGUUUCGUCAGGGAGCGGCGCCCCCUGCUGGUGUCCCUCCCCAGUCGGCCCCAGCAGGAUCUGAACCGGCUCCCUUACGCCACCCUGAGGUCGCUGCGGGUCAACACGCUGGUUCACGCUCUGCUGCGAGUCACGCACUCUCACAUCAGCUCAGAGUGGAGAGACGAGGCCGAGUCUCGGAACCGCUCGGCGGUCCAGAUGAAGGCGGUUCUGACGGUGCAGCAGCCGGGCGGCCAGCAGGGGGCGCUGCUGCUGUGGGGGGCAGCCAUGGACUGGCUGUCCCGCUUCAGCAGACACAAAGAAGCUGUGUGGGACUUCAGAGUUCUCCUGGUGAGGGCGGGUUUGACCUCCGACCUCACAGAGCUGCACUCCACCCCCUGGAGCUCGGUCCGGGUUCUGGACCCGACAGACCGCCAGGCGCUGGACUUCCUGCGAGCGUGGCGCCGUCCAGGGCCGAGCGGCACGGCUCUGGAGCUGGAUGUAGACACGCUGUUGUCCCAGAAGUACAGCGGUGAGGUGGAGCUCAGAGUCCAGGUGCUCAGCUUCCAGUUCCAGGAGGCUCCGCCCUCCCAGAACCCAGCGCAGCCGGUUCUGGACGGCUCCACGCCGCGGGCCGGCCUCCUGGCGGCGCUGAGCGGUGACAUCACCUACACCGGCUGUGGCCGCUGCGCCGCCGAGCUGGACACGGACCGCAACGGGAUCUACACGCCGUGCUACGCCUGCCUGCCGCUCACCGCCCUGCGCCGCUUCUACAGGCCAGGUGUGCUGACGGUGAGUGGGCGCGGCUCCCCCCACCUCACGGUCCGGGUUCCUCCGGUUCCUCUGCAGAAGAUCCUCCAAGCUCCUCCGGACCGACUCCAGCGCAGCGCAGCUCCAGGUUCUCAGGUGCGACACGUCCAGGUGGCGGCGGAGAAGCUGCAGGCGCUGCUGGCUCUUCCCAGGAAGUGGGUGGUCAUCACGGUGCGGAGCCACUUCCUGUGCGACCAGAACAGCGUCCCCCUCAGUCAGGACUUCACUCUGCUGGACCUUCAGGUUCCGACCCAGUGAAGAACCCACCUGGUGGGCGGAGCUUACAGGCUCCUCCAGGUGCGUCAGUGGAGCCCAGUGGACACCAGGGGGCGGUGUUCUCCAGGUGUGAACUCCUGCUCCGGCUCCUCACCUGUUUCAGGUAAAACCACCGGAGGUCAUUAGCGUCAGGUGAAGAGGAGAGACGCUGAGUCAGGGAGGACUGACGGGGUCCAGCCUGCAUGGAGAACCGGCCGGUUCGGUUCCCGGUCCGGUCCGGUCCGGUCCGGUCCGAUCAUCAUCAUCAUCAUCAUCAUCAUCAUCAUCAUCAUCAUCAUCAUCUCCAGACAGGAUGUGUUUAUGGACGCAGCUGCUCCACCCUGAUGAUGAUGAUGAUCCUUCCUGGUGGCUCUGCUCUCUGAUUGGCUGUGAGCUGCAGGUUUCGCUGCAGGGUAAGGUGUGUGUGUGUGUAUUUAUCUUGUCUCUAUCUGCUGUAAUAAACAAAUAAGCAAGUCUGCAUGAACUCGGCGUUGCUAUGGUAACGGCCCCCACAAACACUGAAACCCUCCGUCACGUGUUUUAUACCAACAUCUGAUAUUUGGCUCUGUCAAGUUUUAAAGAAAUGUUUACGAUCUUUUUGAUGAAACAUAAAUAAUUUGAUAUGAAAACAUGAAUUUGAUCAAACUUUGAUGUGAGAAUCCUGGAAGUUCCUGGAACUUUCCUGGGAAAACGGGAAUCAAACGGGUCGACUUCCUGACAGGAGUUCAGUUUCUGACCAGCUGUUUUUAAAGACGUUAUUAUUUUACUCCAUUAACAAUAAAAUCCUGUUUUUUACUCCA